ACCCACUUACGGCCAUUGGCGAGGUGGCCGAGUUCCCGAGGUCCAUCCAGCCAAAAGCCGAUCUGACAUCAUACAAAAAGGGGGGUUGCUCAGGCUUGGUGCUCCCCAGCUCCCAUCGGGCUUGGCUGAUGACUCUCUGGGGAGCAGGAAGAGGCAGAGAGGCACAGGCAACAGGGAGAGAGAAAGGCCCAAGGCUUUUCCCAGUAGUAAUUCUCCUUAAGUACUCUUCCAUUGUUCCCACGUGAUUUUAUCGCCCAAGCACAAUCAUUUUUCAAUGAUCGUACUUUUGCUUCGUCAUAAUUUAGCCCAGCCUGUGGCUCUCUCAGUGUGUUAUGGGCAAAAAAAACCCCCAUUGUUCCUGUUUUCUAUAACAAACAUGGGGGUCAAUGACGCACUUCAGAUACGCAGUGUUAAAACACAUAUAUAUGAUUGCGUCUGGUGAUGUAACAUGCGGCGAUACCUAAUGAGCUAGCCAAUGAAUUUAUGCUCAAAACAGGUUCAUGUUCAUGUUUUAUAUGUAUGAUUUCUGUGGGAUACCUAAAGCUGUAGUUUAGCUGUAGAUGAUUCAUAUCAGAUUAUUGGUGAGCAGAAGGAAAUUCUGUAUAAAUAUAGAAGAAGAUGCUUACAUCAACAACAGGCUGGCCUAAUAUCUUACACUUUUGCUAAUUCAAAAUGGCCGCCGUGCCAAUGUUUACCACAGAAUUGCGUGGCAACAUUUUUACAGUAACCCUUAAAAACAAACAAAACUAUUGUUAUCCAAUUUAUUAUUUUGUUCUUAGUUAAAACAUAUUUCUGAGAAAUUUCAGCAGUGUAAGCUUUAAAGCAGCAGUGCAUUUAGCAAAUUUUGUUGUUUGGUGAAGUGCAUGCACUCUAAACAUUCCCUCUGUUUCUUUCCGUCUUGUCGGUCGUAGUGUCAUUUCAUCUAUGGAACUUAUUUCCCACCCAUAUCGAGUUUUGUCUUUUACUGCACUGAACCUGAUCACAUGGACACAUGCCCUGACAUUACACACACCGUGCUGCAUGUGUUGGACACCCGAAGUGGAUAGAACGUUUAUAUGUUUUAGCGUUUCUUUUUAAAUCAGCACCUAGCGCCUUUCAUGUGUGUCCUGCAUGACAUCAUGGGCCAAUUGAUUAUGGGCUGUAUGCAAAUCAAGUAAAGAGAGUAGAACAUUUAUUUCAAAGAUCAAACACCCACACAGAGGCUUCGAAAAUGUCGUGCUGCAAAAUGUUUCCUGUUGUUGUUUCUGAUAAUAUAAAAAAUAUAAUUUCAGUUCACGGCGGAGGCUUGCUGGGUCUGCCCCUGAGCCCUGAACGAACGCGUUGUGUUGACAUGUUGCAGUAACUUGUACCACUUCUGUAAAGGUUUCUCUGCUCAUCCUGGAAUCCGCGUGGACCCAGGCUGCACUCUCAUCCCCAGUAGCCCAAACAGAGGUCUCCUUCUUAAGCUUCUUCUGAAACUCCUGCAGGCAGCCUUCAAACCAAGACCGUCGCUUUAGGCCAUGGCAGUUGGGACUGAUGGCUGUAACGAUUUCGGCACGUUUUCCAAUGAUCGUGCUUUUGCUUCGCUGCAAUUUCGCCCAAUCGCCAGCCUGUACCUCUCUUGGUGUGUUAUGUGCCAAAAAACAAACAUCAUUAGCAGUCAAAUGGGGUCGAUGAUGCUUUUCAGAUACGAAGUCUCAAGUCAAAGAACACACAUGUAUGACUGAGUAUGGUGAUGUAAUGUGUUUACUGGUUUGUACACAAACAACUAAACGCUGGACAGCUGGUGGUUUUUAAAGGGCAGGCCCAUCGCUUACUGUGUGUUAGUAGAACUCCCUCCCCAUUAGCCACUGUAAUUAGACACGGCUUAUUUCCUGCCCAGGCUCCUGCUUGUGCGUCUCGUCUGCCACGUGCCGGAGGGGCGGAGUCAGCAGAUGUGCGUUAGCUAAUGCAGUGCGAGAGCAGCAGAGCAGGGCAGGGCUAAUAGACUACCAAUAACAAGAUGACAUCAUCGAGAGCAGGUCGGGGGGAGGGAGCCAGCCAACCCGGGGAGCCAAGCUCAGAAGAAAGGAAGGCUUGGAGGCACAAAGUGGAGAGGAGGCGAGAGGGAGAGACUGGGAGCCCGCUCCUUCAAGACUGACAAGGGAUACCUCACUCUCCGGAAGAAUUUGCGAAUUAAAAAGAUAAUUUUUCCUCCCGAAACGCCUCUCCCCUCCCCCUCCCCUUUCCCCUCGUCCUCCAAGCGCAUCCCCCUACCCGUCCUUACGCUGAGCUGCUCCCCCGGGCAUGCUACUUAAGCCAAAGUAUGGCCGCUUUCGCAACGACUCUGUGACCUCCUCCGACGACCUGAUGCAGAGCUUAGCCAUGAGCAGCAAAGUAGUAGCCACUCCGGUCGUCCCCUCGGGCUCCCCGUCCCUGCCGCUGCCCCCCCUGCAGCCCCUGGGCCGUAAUCCCAGCCCCCCUGCCGCUCCGGCCCUGGCCGACUCCCCCGGCGUGGACGGGGACCAGGAUGGGACCACUACCUUCUGCAUGCUCAUUCCCAAGAUGCCACAGUGGAAGUUCUCCAACUCUCUGCUCAGCAGAAGUCCUUCUGGCUCCAGCUCCAGCAAGGACUCCAGCAAGGGGCCCCCCCAGGGCUCGGCGGGGCCCGGCGGGGCGCCGCUCAGCGGCCCCGUGGCAAGCCUGGCUGCCGUCCUCAACUCCUGUGACCCAGUGUGUAUCGCCCCGUGUUCUCUUCAGGCUGUUGCCCGGCAGCGAGCCGCCUUGGGCUCCAGCAGCCCUCCAGCCCCCAGAGCAUCCGGCGCGGUGGCACUUGAGAGCGGCACGGGGACGGGGAUGAACCGCAGGGGCAGGGUGGACGGCAUCCGUGUGGGUGGGGAGGACUUCACUCAGAAGGGGAGCUUCAUCCACAAGCCCUCCCAGGGAUGGCUGCAUCCAGACAAGAAGAUCACAGGACCUGGAGCUUCUUACAUCGUCCGGUAUAUGGGCUGCAUUGAAGUUCUGAAGUCUAUGCGAUCUCUGGACUUCAACACCAGAACACAGGUGACAAGGGAAGCCAUCAACAAACUCUACGAGGCCGUUCCUGGAGUGAAAGGGGCCUGGAAGAAAAAGGCUAACAGCAAAGCGCUGCCGUGCAUCAUGGGGAAGUGCAACCUGCGCUUCGCAGGCAUGAGUGUCGCUGUCAAUAUCUGCAUCGAGGGCCUCAGCCUGCUGAUACCUACAACGCGUCAGGUGAUCGCUCACCACCCCAUGCAGUCCAUCUCGUUCGCCUCUGGGGGAGACACGGACACACCGGAUUAUGUGGCCUAUGUGGCUAAAGAUCCUGUCAAUCAGAGAGCCUGCCACAUCCUGGAGUGCUGCGAUGGCCUGGCACAGAGUGUCAUCAGCACCAUUGGCCAGGCCUUCGAGCUGCAAUUCAAGCAGUAUUUGCACAGCCCUCCGAAGGCCAUUUCCGCCUUGGACAGGAAUAUUAGGACUGGUGAAUCGGCAUGGGGUGACGACGAGGACGCUUCGGAGCACGACUACUACAACAGCAUCCCGGGGAAAGAGCCCCCAGUUGGGGGCCUGGUGGACUCCAGGCUGAGACCCCCUGGGACUUUCCUGGGCCACAUUCACUCCCAGCCCCCCAGCAAGGCAGCGCAGUCAGGGUCUUCCUCAAGAAGAGAUACUGCCCACCCCCCUGGCCAGUUGUGUUAUGAGGUCCACUGGGACACGGAGAUUAAUAGUGGCUCAGGCCUGACCUCGGACGGGUACCUGCGCGCCGACGGCCACGGUCCCGGUAGCCGUGACUACGAGGAGCACCUGUACGUAAACACUCAGAGCCUGGAAGGCUUGGAAGCGAUGGCCGAGAGAGGCAGGAACGCGUGCUGUCCGGAGAGCCCCAAGAAGGACAUCUUCGACAUGAGACCCUUCGAGGACGCCCUGAAGCUACACGAGGCCAGCGGCGCCCCCGUGCUGGAGGAGCAGUGGCCCAGCCCACCCAGGCGCCGCGCCCCCAUCGCCCCCACCGAGGAGCAGCUCUGCCGCGAGCCCUGGUACCACGGCCGCAUGAGCCGGCGCGACGCGGAGAAGCUGCUGGCGCGCGACGGUGACUUCCUGGUGCGCGAUAGCGCCACCAACCCGGGCCAGUAUGUCCUGACAGGCAUGCACUGUGGACUGCCCAAGCACCUGCUGCUCGUGGACCCCGAGGGCGUGGUCCGGACAAAGGACAUGCUGUUCGAAAGCAUCAACCAUCUCAUAAACUACCACCUGAAAAACGAGCUGCCCAUCGUGGCCGCAGAGAGCGAGCUGCACCUCCAGCAGGAACGCGCCGUGGACCCUGAGAAGCAGACCUAUGCACGCCCUUGGCCAGUCCCAAUCACUAACAUGGAGCUUCAUCUACGAGAACAUACCCCAUGGUGCGAGUUCCCUCAGGGGGGUGCCAAUGGCAGCAGUUGUUGAGAAUGUACGUUUGGGGCCUGAUCUGAUCUGAUUGAUCUGGAGUGAUGCAAGCGGAUCUCAACUGUAUCUCAGAAGUCUUAAACUGCUUCUGGAGAACCUGUCGAAAAGGAGCUAUGGCAGCUUUUGUAUUGCUUUUCUUCGUCCAAUGGGAUUCGUUUUUUAAGCCCAGAGCCUGAGUGAAGCUUCCUUUUACCCAGGAAUCCAUGACGCGGAAAGCCGGACGCGGUGGAUGACUCUGAGCGAGAAAAUCCAUCCGUAUCCCUGCACUGCGAGAACGUCAGCUUGCCUGUAAAGCUCCUCUGAGUCUGAAGGACCUGCUUCUUCUCACAGGUCUUAUAGCUCGCUUGGAGGUUCACUUUAUUGACAGCUUAUGCUAUUGGAUGCUGUUGAAAGAACAUUCGUCUGGCGAGAAACACAAGCCCUGUUUUACGGACAGCCUUAUACAACCACUUAGGAUGUUUACCGCUGGUGGCGUAAAACUUCCCAAUCUGUUGAAAUUCACCUGAGAGGUCAUGUUGAAAGCGAUGCUUUAGUUAGCCAUUUUUAACUCCGGAUAUUGUUUAUUUUAUGGCAGCAUUAUUUUAAGAUUUACCUCAAGACCACAUUCCCGUACGAUCUUCCUAAUUUACUGACUUUCUUCCCAAUAAAAAAAGAAAAACAGCCAUUAAUUCUGACCAGUAUUGCACAACAACUUUGCCAAUAUCCAGAUUCUGUGAAGCUGGACUUCUCGUUUUCCUGCUAGCCCCCAUGACCCCUCUGCUCGCACGGAGGAGAGCUAGGCCCUGCGCUCGCAAUCCUCCUAGCGUUUCGGUGACUAUGGCACAGUGAAUGUGAAGCUGGACACUCGUGGUACGGAUGCUGGUCCUGCGGAGUGCUCUUAAACUUCAGCUUGGCUGUAUUGUGUGUGGUCACAUUCAGCUCGUUCAUAGUUUUCCAGAGGAGAUAGAUCCGGGAUGCUGACAGGAAGCGGCUUCCACUCUCUGUCCUUUAAGUGUCAUUCUUCCAUCUUGCUUGUCCUACGACCAGGUCUCCCCCAGAUGCUCUCAGACUGUGAGCUUCGAGACCUUGUGGUUAAGCUUGUCUCUGUGUGCCGUCAAGGAAUCCACAAACAGCGUAUAUAUUAAUGCAGAAUAUCAGUCCUGGUAUCCAGUACCCCUGAGAAAUACAGAACAGUGCCUUAAUGGUCUCCGUGCCCAUCUACAUUGAUUUAUGUUGAACAGAAAGUAUAAUUCCUCAUGUAUUUGGAUAUAUGUGUGUGCAUCUUAUGUAGGCAGUGAUGAUGGCAGAGUUAAAGCUCGGUCUGGCCCAAAAUUGCUAACGAUUAGGUUUAUUUUGAUUAAAGGUAAAUGUGUCUUUCGUUUAGAAAGUCCAGUAUAAUUUAUUCAUCUGCACCUAUUCUCAAGAUGAUGAGAAGAUGCUGGUUUUGCCUUCCUUUGUAGUGCACAUUCGGGCUGCUGGUCAUCCAGCACUUCAUGAACCAUUUGCUGUAUUUUUUUGACCCUGCUAGAUGGCGCUCUCUGUUCAAAAAAGGGCACAAAGCAUGUUCCAAAGCAAACCAAGAGCGCCAUCUAGUGGGGUCAAAAAAUUCAGCAAAUGGUUCAUGAAGCGCCAUUUUGUCAAUCACUAGCAUUUGAUGCUUCCAACUGAGCUCUAGUGAGUUGCUAUUUGGCGGGUCCUGCUGACCCGGAGGUCACUCAGCACAUGGCCAAGGAAGGAGGAAUGCCAGUCAUUUCCGUGUUACACUGAACGCAGAUUUCCAAAAAAAAAUUCCUCUGUGCACCUGCCUGCCAUCUCGGGAGGUUCUUGCGUUGGCUCCUCUUUGAAAGAAAUGCAAUUUUCAAUAAAACUCUUCCAAAGAAGGGAAA